AUGCAUCGAUUUGCAAAUUCUCUACUAUGCGCAGUAUUGCUCGCUAUCUCUGUCUCUGCGGCACCUGCGAGCAACCCGUCUGCAGCGACAUCUAGUACCGCUUUGGCAUCGCCGGUAUCCGUAUCCAACUCGACUGAUUCGACCGCGUCGGUCUCUGGACCACCCAGUGCGACGUCGGACGCGUCAGCAGCUAGCCCAAGCCCGACGGUUCCUUUUGCGAGUGACGACCCAAACACUGUCAUCUUCUCCCCGGGCGCAGACGUCCAGCCUGAAGCUCAACGUGGCACACUCGGCAGCACUGUUAUCGGUCCUCAGAAUGUGCAAAUCGAUAGGCAGAAUCCUGACUUUCUUGCACCCCCCACCACGGACAAUGGUGACGUGUCGAAUGCGAAGUGGCCUUUCGGUCUUAGUCACAAUCGGAUCCAGACUGGAGGCUGGGCAAGGCAGCAAAACAUCGAGAAUAUGCCAAUUGCCACGCAGAUGGCCGGAGUUGACAUGCGACUUGAACCCGGCGCUGUUCGGGAGCUACAUUGGCACAAGACAUCCGAAUGGUCCUAUGUCAUCAAGGGCUCGACUCAAGUUACGGCCGUUGAUCAAGACGGGAAGAACUAUCUGGCCACCGUGAACGCAGGUGACCUUUGGUACUUCCCUCCGGGCAUUCCGCACUCCCUUCAAGCGACGAAUGACUCGGCUGAGGGAACCGAGUUCCUGCUGGUUUUCGAUGAUGGUGCUUUUAGCGAAGACGCUACCUUUCUGCUGACCGAUUGGCUUGCGCAUGUCCCAAAGGAGGUCAUCGCUAAGAACUUCCAGACUGACAUUUCGGCGUUUGAUGAUAUCCCUGGAAGGGAGCUAUACAUUUUCCCCGCUGCGGUUCCAUCUUCGGAUGCUACCGCCGUCUCAGAUCCGCAAGGCCAGGUUCCAAAUGCCUUCUCUUUCGCCAUGUCCAAGAUCAAUGCCACCCAAUUAUCAGGUGGAACUGUUAAGAUUGUGGAUUCGACGACUUUCCCUAUCUCAACGACCAUCGCUGCUGCGGACGUCACUGUUGAACCUGGAGCUAUGAGGGAGUUACACUGGCAUCCUACUCAGGAUGAAUGGACUUAUUUCAUUGAAGGCGAUGCUCGCAUGACAAUCUUUGCAUCACAAAGCAACGCACGGACAUUUGAUUAUCAAGCUGGCGAUAUUGGAUAUGUUCCUGCAUCUUUCGGGCAUUAUGUCGAGAAUAUUGGUAAUACGACCUUGCACUACCUUGAGAUCUUCAAGACGGAUCGAUUCCAGGAUGUCAGCCUGAGCCAGUGGCUUGCUCUCACUCCGCCCGAGCUAGUCAAAGCUCAUCUCGGCCUCUCUGAUGCUACGAUUGCAACUUUGAAGAAGACGAAACAAACGGUUGUUGGUCCCUCGUGA